UUUCAUACCGUCCAUCGCCUGUGUCCUGUGAUCCUGUGUGCCGUUCUGUAUAUGUGUACGUGCGUAUGUGUGUGUUUUGUUUACAAAUUACAAUAUACAUUUUUUUUAUUAUUAUUAAAUGCAUACAAGAUCAGUGAUCAUCUACUCCGUCGAGUUCAUACCUACACUUAUCUUUUAGAAGUUUUGAAAUAAAUUACUCGUUUCGCAAUUUGCAGUACGAUUGGAAUUCCCUAAGCCCUGUAAAAUGCGUCUGGUGCCCUUUUCAGAUAUGACGUCGUUGGUCCCCGUGCGUUGAAAUAAAAAGCGGUUGGAGUUGAUCAGAUGCAUCCAGUAGUUGAUUACGCCUACGACGCUUAACAUGCAGAGCACUGCGAAAGGUCCUAGAUCUUACAUGAAGUCAUAUGGCCGUGCAAAGUACUCUAAUAACCCGAAUAGUGUUGUACAAACAGCCAUAAAUUUUGAUAAGCUACUAUGUGAAAACACUAAUAGGCCUACGGCAGCCAAAUCUUCAGGUACUGUUGGCAAAUGGGGUGUUACUUCAUUUACUUCCAUUAGAAGUACUAAUUUUGUCACAGGUAAUACAAAUACAGGAAAACCUGAAGAAACUUCGGGAUCUCGAUUUAGUGUAGGAAAGAAAAGGCAACACCAAGAAGCUAGUCCUGCUCCUAAAAUUGCUAUACCAGAACCUACUGUAAAUGUAGUAAGACCUAAGAAAUUUUUUAAAAGUCGCAAUGCUGAUUCUAAUAGAUCUGACCGAAAAUAUGGUGGAUCAGAAGUGACCAAGAAAACUAAAACAGUUAUUCAGAAAACUCCAGAAUCUUCUCCUGAAAAAGAAGACAGAGUUCCAGAAGCAAAAGAAUUGUCUUUUACAUCAUUAACACCGACUAAAGACCCGAGUAAACCACCUAUUGUUCUUCGAAUAUUUAAGGGUAAAUCACAAUUAGUGAAUGAGCCUAAUUCUAUUCAAAAACCUCUACAAGCAAUUGAAGUACCAGAAAGUAAUGAUCAAAUUACUCCUACCAUAACUACAAGAAGUCUUCGGAGACGAAACCCUCAAACUACAUAUACUGAGCCAGAAACUGAAGAAUCUCCUACAAUUAUUGAUAUUCCUAAGAAGAGACGUCAAGAUAGGGCUAAAUUCACAGUUCCCACUUUAAAAAUUAAUAUAUCUAAACAUACUGUUAUUAAUCAGGAUGACGAUGAAUUGAAAUAUGAAAUAAAUGAGAAAGAAACAACUAACAUGAAUAUUGAUAAAUCUAAAAUAGAACAAUUGGAAAAUGACCGCAAUAAGUUGUUGGCUGUAUUAGAGGGUAGUGAUGAAUCUUUAUCUAGCCCUAAAAUGGAUAUUCCAGUAGAUAAUGAAGAAGAAAAACCUGAUGUGACUGAUGAUUUACUAAAACAGCUUGAAGUACACUUCAAGCCUGAUAAAGAACCUGCUAGCAAGAAAAUUGAGAAAAAAAAAGAAGAUGUUAAGAUCCAGUCAGAAAUUUCUUCUUCAAAACAUCGAGGAGUCUUUGUAGAAACUGAACCAAUCAAGAUUGAUGAUGACGACGUAACUGAAAAAAUGGCAGUAGACCCACCUGAAACAAUAAUACCAGCAAAGAAAAGUAUUUUUAAAUCUAGGAAUGAGAGAAAUAAGAAAGGUAUGUUUCUUUAUAAACAUUCAUGGGUUGAUAAAGAUAAAAAAAUUGACGAAGAAAAGAAAGAAGAAUCUAUUCCAAAUACAAGUCCUGGUAGUUUCGAACAAAAACCUUUACUGAGAAUUACAAAAUCAACUGAUGUAUUUGAUGAUGAUUUUGAUUCAGUUACAAGUCUUAAAUGUGACAAGAAAGAAAAAGGAUAUUACACUGUGGUCCGAAAUGUUAAAAAAGCUCACCAAAUUCAAGAGUCUGGAGAAUUUCAAGAGUUUAAUGAUGAUGUUGAGUAUAUUUUAGAUGCUUUACAACCAAACAACCCAAUUGGAACUAGAUGUCUGUCUGCAAUAACAUUGGCCACUAAAUGUAUGACUCCAGCUUUUAGAAUGCAUGUUAAAGCACACGGAACAGUUGCCAAAAUAUUUCGUGCAUUACAAGAUGCUACCAAAGAUCAAAGCUUAGGAAUGUGUACAGCUACUGUUAUGUUUGUUCUAAGUCAAGAUCGUUUGAACAUGGAUUUAGACCGUGAUUGUCUUGAACUUAUGUUAAAUUUAUUAGAAAAUGAUACGAGUCAUGAUCAAGCCCUUGAUGAUUGUGGUCUUACCGAUCAUCAAUUACAAAAGACCCGUGAACGAGUUAUACAAUUAUGUUCAGAGAUUAAAUCUCAAGGAGCCGCCAAAUACUUAAACACAGAUAACAUCACUGUAGGACAAUUGGCUAUGGAGACUCUGUUAAGUCUUACUAGUGUUCGAGCUGGUGAGUGGUUUAAAGAAGAAAUGCGGCAGCUUGGAGGUCUUGAUCACAUUGUACGUACAGUUGUACAAUGUUGUAAUCAUGUUGAUUCAAUGACUAAUGUGUGGUCCCCAACAUUACUUGAUCGUAUUAAAAAAGUGGAUCGUUGUUUGAGGAUACUUGAAAAUGUGACAAUGCAAAAUGAAGAAAAUAAUGCUUAUUUAUUAGAUUUUGAAAAUGGAAUUUUGAUUGACACAUUAGUUAGAUUGUUUAAAGUAUGUGAUUAUGAGAUACCGUUAUAUCCAAGUUAUAAUGGAAACGACAAAGACUCAAUAAGUGCAGUAUUACGAGAGUGUCUUACAGCCAAUUUAAAAGUGCUUAUAAAUUUGUCACAUGACUCUAAUCGAAUAACUCAUGGCUCAAAAAUUGGACAAAAAGAUGGAGUUAUUGAUACAACUUUACAUAUUUUCCUUAAAGUUCCAGAAUAUGUUCCUCAUGAUGAAAAGUUUGACAUAAUGUUUUCGACCUUAACAUUGCUGAUUAAUCUAGUUGAGAUCAAUGUGGAAAAUAGGAAACUUAUAGCAGAAGCUAAAGCUCCUGAUACUAGUGAUAUUCUUCAUGACUCAAAUAAAUCACUUGCAAUCGAAGCACUAGUGAAAAUGUUCUUCCAACAAGAAGAAUUGGCAAAGACUGAGGAAAAAAAGACUGAUGAAAUAUUGGAUGGUGAGAACAAACAGACAGAAAAACCAGCUAAAGAUGCUCCAUUAAAAGCACAUACACAAUAUAUUGAGGAGACUAUUGCAUUACUCGUUGAAAAGGCAGGUCAAAAUAUGCAACACACAAUGAUCGCAUCAUUUAUUGCAAUUUUACUUGGUUAUAUUACAAUGGACAACAAGGAAUACCUAGAAUUUGUUGGUAAGCAUUUACCAGAUGGUCGGUUUACAGCUAUGUUGGCAGUUUUGGAUAAAUAUUUAAAUUUCAUGAAGCUUACUGCUGCUCCUGGCACCAGAGGAAUAAAAUCUGUUGAAAUGAUUAUAAAACAUUUGACAAAAUGUGAAAAACUACAAGCUGAUGCUCCUGGUCUACCUGGCACAUCAGCAUAACCAACUGGAUUGGUUAUGCUCUAUAGGACCAAGAAUAGCAUAAUUUAAUGUUUUAAUAUUUUUACUUAUGAAACUUAUCCUUUUAUUUGCAUAUAAAUGUAUUGAUUUUGUAAUUUAUUUGACUGUAAAGUAUUAUGUCUUUGUUGUAAUAAUAACAGAGUAAUACAAUCUUUUCCUAUUCUUUACGACUUCUUUUUUGUCGUGAUAUUUUUAUGUUUUUAAUUUUUAAUUGUCUCAAUGAAAACAAAUUUAAUCCGUCUGUUAUACCUAAGUAAAUUUUGUAAGUUGUGUUCUUAAUUAAUUUUUAUGUUUGGUUCUUGAUUUUAGUGUUAUAAUACCAUAGGAAGUAAUAAUGCCUUUUUAAAAUUAUUAUUAAAAUCAUAAUAUAAAACAAUACAUGUUGUACUAUCAUGAUCCUAUUGUUUAUUUUAUUGUAAUUAUCAUUUAAAAAUGUUAUGUUCAAUAUUAUAAUAAUUGGUAUUUACUAAAUAAAUAGCCUUUUUUAAUUUUUCAUAAACUAAUAAUAUAUUAAGCACAUUUAUAGUUUAAAACAGUGAUUCCUAACAUCUAGUGUUCAGACACUAGUUAAAUAUGCCAAGUUUAUUAAUUUUGAACAUUCAAAAUAUUAGAAUAUUAGAGUAGAUUCAUUAGAAAAAUGUACAAAGAGCAUUUUAUCUAGGCACCACUCUCCUCUCUGCUCUCCUAUCUAGGUAGAAUACUACUGAAAAAUUCAAAUAUUAAAAAUCUCCUUGACUUUAACUUUUUAAAUUAUUAUUUUUUUUAAAAAAGUUGAUAACAAUUAUUUAUCUUUCAUUUUGAUAAUAAAGUAAGAAAACAUUCAAGAUUUUAUUUUUUUUACUUUUUAAGAGAAAACAUUCAAUCUGCACAUAUGUUGUACAAUAUUAGGAAUAAAAGUCUGCUACAGUAUUUUGAUAAAAAUUCGGAGUCUGUAGGUACAUUUAGGAAAGUUAGAAUAUCUAACACUUUUUUUAAAAAAAAUACCACUAUUGUUUGUACAGAAAUAUCAUAUUCAUUUAACAGCUUUAUCAAUAAUUCAGCAUAAAACUAACAAUGCUUGCGAAGGUUGAAACAAAGUUUUCCCAUAUAGGCGGAAAUAAACAUCCCAGAAUUCGGAAAUUACUAACAAAAUUUUUCAAGAAGUUAGAACGAACAGAACAAGAAUGUAAUUGGCCAAAGUAGGAGAGACUAAUCAGAAAAACAAAAUCUGGUUAAAAAAUGAAAGAAAUUAUUAUACUUGAGUAAAUAAAUUUUUCUUUUUAAUUUUAUUUAAUCAAACAUUCAAAAUAUUUGUAAAAUUAUUAUAUAUAUAACGUGUAUUUAUAUAUUUUCAAGUUUGUAUUAUUAUUAUUAUAUUAAGUAAAUAGUAAUUGAUUAUAAUUUUUUAUUGAUAUUA